AUGGAGCCAGACCCGGGGAUGCAACAGCAAAAUGAAAUGGCGUCUUCUCCGGUCGACGUGAAGUCUCCCAUGGAGAAGGACGCCCCUGUAUUGCCUGGUCACGACUCCAUGGUCACGGUGCGCCUCUCGGAACCACCAAACCUAUCGGUAAACACGAACCUGCCGCCGAAUAUCAUGCCUUCUAGGCGAAGCAUCUUCGGCCCAGAAUGCACCCCAACACCCACCAGUGCCACAUCACCCAGGCCAAAGGAAGCAGAGGAGGAAGAAGACAUGAAGGACAGCCCUGUCAGCCCUCAAAUCGUGGCCGACGGCGCCAAAAACUUGAUGGAGGAGCUUGAGGACUCAACCGAGGACGACACGGCGGGAGAGGCGUCUGGAGAGCAAAGCAGCCAACAAAGAGAUUCAUUGGACGAGUCAGAGGAGGACGAGGUCAACUGGGAUAGGUUGCAGAAGACCGAGGAUGAACAAGCUCGGAAGGAUGAUAAUUCAACUGCUAUGCUACUUGCGCGGCUUGAGGAAGAAAACAACAAGCUUGCUACAAAUCCGAAGGGCGUCAAGGUGAAGGUGAUUGAGCAGCCGACGUCGCGGCGUCCGAGACCCCCGUCAAUGGCCCAACUACGGGAUAUGGUUAAUGGCCCAACGCCUGUGGCCCUGCGAUACUCGGUCGUGCCACCACCGCCCAUGACGGAUAUGGAGUUCUACGUCGCACUCGUCAAAGACUACCAGCAGACUGCUGCUCGGUUGCCGACACUUCUAUCCAAGAAGAUUCGCAAGGGUAUCCCACCGCCACUUCGAGGCGUGGUCUGGCAGAGCAUGGCAGAGGCGCGCGACUCGGUCCUCCUGGAUCAGUUUGAGAGGCUCAGCAACGAGUCGAGUCCUUAUGAGGGAAUCAUCGGCAAGGACCUGGGCAGGAGCUUCCCCGGCGUAGAUAUGUUCCGCGACCCGGACGGUGACGGGCAGCGGAUGCUGGCGCGAGUGCUGAAAUGCUUCAGUCUCUACGAUCAGAAGAUCGGCUAUUGCCAGGGGCUGGCCUUUCUCGUUGGACCUCUGCUGAUGCAUAUGCCCGACAACCAGGCCUUCUGCGUAUUGGUCCGGCUGAUGGAGCACUAUGAUCUGCGAGCUUGCUUUCUUCCCGAUCUGUCGGGACUGCACGUUCGCAUUUAUCAAUUUCGCGAGCUGCUGCGCCAAAAUCUCCCCAAUCUAUCGGCCCACUUGGACGAGCUCCAAGUCGACCCGGCCUAUGUUUCACAAUGGUUCCUCUCAUUUUUCGCCGUCACCUGCCCCCUACCCAUGCUGUUUCGGAUCUACGAUGUCAUCUUUGCCGAAGGUGCAUCGGAGACGAUCAUGCGAGUGGCCCUAUCGCUCAUGCGCAAGAACGAGAGCCGCAUCCUGGCCUGUUCGGAGCUCGAGGAUGUCAUGCAACUGCUCCUGUCGCGCGGCCUUUGGGACUGCUAUCAUUACAAUGCCGACGAGUUUGUCGGUGACUUUGUCGAACUCUCCAACGUCGUAUCGCGCGAGAAGCUAGCCCAACUUGAGCUGAGUUACAGGGAGGAAAAGAUCGCCACUGCCAAUGCGGCCCGCACAUCGGACGUUACCACGGCAGCAUCUCGCUUCCUAGGUCGCCUCUGGACAACCACAAGCUCCAGCAGCUCAUCCACCAAGUCCGCAUUUGGUGCUCUCUCCCCGGGCCUCAUUGCGCCCUCAAGACCUCUGAGCAUGCUUCGACGCAGCACGUCAAAGCAGAGCUUGGCAUCUACCCUCAACUCCAUGGAAACCAGUUCUGCCAGCGUCCUGAGUUCCGCCUCGACCGAAGCCUCGACCGUCUCCCGCGCAUCUUCCACCGGCGACGAUGCAUCAAUUCGCGAAUCCACGCCGACCGCACCCAAGCAGAACCCAAUGAAUGCCGCCGCGAUCGAGAGCAAAGCACUGCAUAGCCAGAUUGAGGAUCUGCUGAUGGCACUGAGUGAGCUGCAACGAAACCAUGCAUUGCUGGCAACCCAGUUACAACAAGAGAGAGAAGAGAGAGAGGAGGAGCGCAAGGCAGUCAAGUCGCUGCUUCACGGUUUGAAGAAGUCGUCUGCGGAUGGCCCCAGCGAAAAGGAAGGGGACGGUACGCAUGCCGAAUUAUCGCAAUUAAUUGAGGGCGUCGAGGAGCGCUUUAUAGAGGAUGAGAGCCGCAAUAGCCACAACGCCUCGACGGCGGAGACAAAACAACAGCUACGAGAUGAGUUGGCGCGGACCAAGGAGCACCUCAUGAUCGAAGUAUCCAAGACCCAAGACUCCACUCGUCGAAUGGACGAGAUGGAGAAAGAAGCAUACGCAUUGAAGGAGCAGCUGCGCGAAAGCCACAACCGCGCCCGGAACUUGCAUCAGGACAAGCAGCGGUUGGAGAAGCAGGUCCAUGCUAUGCGCGUCCGGGCCUCGUCAGACACACAGCCAGGUGCAGCGGCAGCGGACCAGACGGGUUGGCUUUCCUCGGCGGCCACUAUGGCCCUCGCGGCAGCCACCGGAACGGGUAGUAGUGGUGGAUCACACGGUGGCCUCCGUGAGCUGAAGCUUGGACGUAGCAAGUCGACACCCAACUCACGGGAUGGCCUCUCGAAACGAAACUCGUCGCUGGUUAGGACCCAGACCGAGCCCAUCUCCAUGUCGUCUGACGAGCACGAGACCCUGGUCAUGGAGCUCGUCGAGGCAAAGACGGCAGAGGCCAUGGCCCGACAGGAGGCGGACGAGUACAAGCAGAAGCUGGAGAGCUUCAAGAAGGCAUACGGCAUCGCCCCGGGUGAGACUCCCGGCACGGCAGCCGGUGCAGCAGCGAAUGCGGCAGCCAACGCUGCUAUGGGCAUGUUUGGGCGGCUGACAGGUGCGGUCGCGGAUCCCAACGGCGGCGUUAAGGGCGCCUCCUCGGCGCCCGCCCCUACGCAGAGUGCUGCGUCGACGGCGAACGCUGGAGGUUUCUGGGGGUGGAGAAAGUAG